AUGGAGAAAACUGUGGAAUCUGUUCCUGUGAAGAGGGAAAAGAAAGAAAACGAACAAAUCCGUAAACUCUUCAUUGGUGGCUUGAGCUCUGAAACCACAGAAGAAAGUCUGAAGAACUACUAUCAGCAGUGGGGAGAACUCACGGACUGUGUGGUCAUAAGGGGCCUCGCCAGUCAAAAAUCAAGAGGAUUUGGUUUUGUUACUUUCUCCUCCGUGGCUGAGGUGGAUGCAGCCAUGGCGGCCAGACCUCAUUCCAUUGAUGGGAGAGUGGUUGACCCCAAACGUGCUGUUGCGAGAGAGAAAUCUGAAAAACAGGGGUCGCUUGUCACUGUGAAGAAGCUGUUCGUUGGUGGAAUUAAGGAAGAUACCAAGGAGCAUCAUCUUAGAGAGUACUUUGAGAAAUAUGGAAAAAUCGAUGCCAUUGAGAUCAUGACUGAUAGGCAGUCAGGCAAGAAAAGAGGCUUUGGAUUUGUGACUUUUGAUGACUAUGAUCCCGUGGAUAAGAUAGUGUUGCAGAAAUACCAUACCAUCAAUGGUCAUCGUGCAGAAGUUGGGAAGGCUUUGUCGAGACAGGAAAUGCAGGAAAUUCUGGAGGUGGGAAUUUUGGAGGUUACCCUUGUUAUGGAGGAGAAGGUGGAGAAUAUGGUGGUCGAGGUCCUGGGUAUGGCAAUCAGUGGGAAUUCUCUGGAGGUGGUUAUGGCAAUAAUUUUGGAAAUUACUACCAGCAACCUUCUAAUUAUGGUCCAAUGA